AUGCCCCUCUGGGUGCUGGAGUACUGGGGAGACUACGAGCAGGCUCUCGUCUACAGAUGCGUGCAGGUCGGGCCCUUCAGGCAGGAGUACAUCCACUUCCUCUCGCGAGAAGCGUUUGUGCCGGACAAGACCCGUGUGGACAUGGCGCGGUACGCCCACGAGGUGGGACUCAACGUGUCGCUCGUGCGGCCCGUGCCCAUGGACAGCUGCUCCGCCUCUGCCCCCAAAGCGCAUGGCGACUUUCCUGGUGUGCCGCGGGUACCACGUCUUCAG